UGAGGAGUUGGCAACGACACCCGCCCGCGGACUCCGGGCGCAGCACACGCGCGCGACCACGCGCGACGCCACUCCGCAAGGCGCGCCGUCGCCGGCUAAAUCGCCCGCCGCCACUUCCGAAAUGAUUUGAAGUAUGCCUGCGAGGAUGAUGAGCGCGCGGGCGGUCGCGGGCGCGGGCGGCGAGGUGAGCGUGGCCGACAGCCCGCUGGCCACGCUCGAGUCCCUCGCGCAGGCCGCCGUCAUCGCCGUCAUGGGCGUCGCCAUCGUCAUCUCCAACCUCCUCAUUAUUGCUGCCUUCCUUAAUUUCAAAGGUCUCUCGAACGAGGUGAUUAAUUACUACCUCUUAUCACUGGCUGUGGCGGAUUUAUUGUGUGGGUUGUUGGUGGUGCCUUUAUCCGUAUACCCAGCCAUUACUGGUCGCUGGAUGUUCGGCGACCUAAUGUGCCGCCUCGCAGGAUACGUCGAAGUAACUCUGUGGUCCGUCUCGGUGUACACUUUCAUGUGGAUAUCAGUGGACCGAUAUCUGGCCGUCAGGAAGCCUCUCCGAUAUGAGACGGUUAGUGCGACGGUACAAACUCGCACUCGAAGUCAGUGCUGGAUGGUGUUCACUUGGAUAUCAGCGGCAAUGCUCUGUUGCCCACCACUGCUAGGCUACAAGAAGGAAGCGAACUUCGACAAGGAGACCUUCAUCUGCAUGCUGGACUGGGGCACCACGUACGCCUACACUGCCACUCUCGGAAUUCUCGUCCUAGGGCCAAGCGUAAUCUCUAUCGUUUAUAAUUACUCCUAUAUAUUUUCAAUGAAACGAAAGUUGAACAGUGGUGCACCUAUUCACGAUAAAGAAUAUGCAACUGCUUUAGCGGAGAACCUCGCUAACCCUAGCCACUGGAUGAGCUUUAUUCUCGUGUCAGCUUUUUGGCUUAGUUGGGCGCCUUACGCCGGGGUCAGGCUGUACGAGUACUUGACAUCUCAGGAGCUUAAGAUUCCGAUGCUUCACUUUGGUGUCGUGUGGCUUGGAAUAUUAAACUCCUUUUGGAAAAUAGUAAUUUUAAUCUCUUUAAGUCCACAGUUUCGAUUAGCUCUCAGAAUACUUUGCUUAACAGCCUGCUGUCGCACUAAGGGCCGGUUACAAGCCGAGCUUAUAGGUAUGGAUAACGACGACUGAAUCAUCUUUUGGUCUACUGUUACGUAAAACAAAUUGAAACUUUAAUAACAUACAUAUAUUAUUAAGAAACAGAGUGCGCAUUACCUGGCGGUGCAAAAAAGAGUUUUGGUUGUGUACUGACUGUACGUCUGUUAGUUCGAUAGAGGUAAAUACAACCGUGUUUGUAAUUGAACAGUGCCUGAUAAUAAUAAUAAUACAAUAAAAGUCUAAGAGUUAUAACGUCGCCGCUUUUGCUCGUUUGAGUAAUUCCAGUAGUAAUCUCGAGAUUAUCGCUCAAUAUAGAUUAUUGUGGUUUCUUCUCUUUUUCUCUAGUACAUUUUAUGAACAGUUUAAUUUUAACAUAGCUUGGCGGUAAAUUAUUACUUACCUACUACAUUAUGGCAUUUAUAGUUAUCAAUCUUCUAUUUGAGGCAUUUGUUUUCAAUAACCUCAAGUCUCUUUUUUUGUAAAUAUUAGUGCGUACCCUUUCGUGAUUGUUUCAUAUAGAUGGUCAUAUAAGGGUGCCUUUUGAGAUAUUUUGUAGGCUUGAAUGACCCAUCAGAACAAAAUAUUUUAAUUUAAUAUCAUAUUUUCUUAGUCGAAUCAUAAGUUCUUUUAAAAGCCAUUUUAUGAAUAAUAAAACUUUGACUGUACCUGCAGCACAGCGAGUUGUAUUCGCUGUGAACAACACUGUAUAAGUAAUUAGAUUAGAGUAGUACAUAUAAGCUUUUGAACCAGCAUUGCGGAUCUUGAACUUUGUAGCAGUGGCUGAGGAUGCAACCGCGCGAUUAAUGUAGGUACAUCUCAACGCGAACAGAGAGAAGCCUACUUUCAAUGGUUUCUACGAGUGUAUAAAUAAUAAGUAGUAAAACGAUUAUUACGUUUUAUCUAUUAAUAUAUAUACUUGUAAAAGAACUAAUGAGCUAACAAAGAGACCUUUCACACUAUCCAAUACGAUCCCAGCUGACGCCGAUAGUUUGUGACUGGCUAUAGGAAGUAUUUUUCACAUAGGUACCUUGGGUACUGUGACAGCUGUCUUCUCAAUAUAUUUUUGCGUUUAAAAGUUAUUUCAAAAUAUCUUAAAAGCAAUAUGGAAAGAUGAGUAAUGAAUCCAUAUCAUUUGAUUUUCAAACAUUGUAUUAGUAAUUAACUCAUUUUGUCGGUAAAGUUAUGAAUUAUAUGGAGGUGACAACUGUCACCGUACCCAAGCUAUGUGAAAAAUACUACCUAUAACAUUAGCAAAUACAUAUGUGGCGGCACUGUUAGCGACAUCGUCUCGGAUAAUGUAAAAUGGCUCUAAGUAGUGUGGUUAACGCUUUAGAUCGUGAUUAUUACACUGUCUUACGUUUCUUAUGAUAAUAAAUAAAUAGAUUAGGUAAAUAGGUACAUUGAUUAGAGGGUAUCAUUCGUAAUAUAUUUUUUUACAAAAUAUGUGUGAAUAAAAAGCAAUAUGGAAAGAUGAGUAAUGAAUCCAUAUCAUUUGAUUUUCAAACAUUGUAUUAGUAAUUAACUCAUUUUAUCGGUAAAGAUACUAUAAAAUCUGUAGAUUGCAAGAUAUUCUAAACUAAAAUUACUUAAUAUUGUCUUCGGUUACCGCGAUAGUUACUCAUGAAAUAAAACUACGAAAACGGAUUAUAUCGCGUAUAUUGAAUUUAUAAUACAUCCCGACGUUUCGAACUCUUUACAGCGUUCGUGGUCAACGGGUGACUGAGGAAAAACUACAAAGUGCAAAAAUACCCACAUACUAAAAAUAAUGAACCAUCAUAGACUAUUAACUUUAAGGCUGGUUGUACAUGCAAAAUCGGUUCAUAAGGCUAAUAGUUACACACUACAAUUAUUUUCAAGUAAAGAUAUAUAUACGCGAUAAAAACUACGCCGGCUCCAACCCUAGACCUCGGACCCGAGAAGAUUUAAUUCCCUCCUAAAUUGUAGGAGGGUAUCCCAAUAUGGAACCGGCAACAAACUCGGCGGGACACAUCUUUUCAAAACAUAUUAUACUCAGAAUGUCCAACAUCAUCCAACACUA